AUGCGCCGCUGUUCCAAAAUUGUUCUCGAAUAUAAUUCAGACAAUGAGCCAUUUUCAGAGUUUCAGUUCCAGAAUUUAGGUCUCGCCCCUGUUCCCUCGCCAGCGCCUCCUGACCCUCCCAGCGCCUCCUGCCCCCGCCAGCGCCCCCUGCCCCUCGCCACGCCUCCUGACCCCCUUCCUGUCCCCGCCAGCGCCUCCCCCUCGCCAGCGCCCCCCUGUUCCCCGCCAGCGGCCUCCUGUCCCCCGCCAGCGCCCCUGUUCCCUCGCCAGCGGCCUUCCCUCCGCGCCACGCGCCUCCUGACCGCCCUCCUGUCCCCCGCCAGCGCCUCCUGUCUGCCCCUGACCCCUCCUGUUCCCACGCCAGCGCCCCCUGUUCCCCGCCAGCGCCUCCUGUCCCCCGCCAGCGCCCCCUGUCUCCCGCUCCUGUCCCGCGCUCAGCGCCUCCUGACCCCCUCCUGUCCCCGCCAGCGCCUUCCCUGUCCCCGCCAGUCGCCCCCUGUUCCCGCAGCGCCUCCUGUCCCCCUCCAUGCGCCCCUGUUCCCCGCCAGCGCCUCCUGUCUCCCCGCCAGCGCCCCCCUGUUCCCCGCCAGCGCCUCCUGUCCCCCUCCACCAGAGUCCCCCUGUUUCCCCACCCAGCGGCCUCCUGUCCCCCGCCAGCGGCCCCCUGUUCCCGCGCCAGCGGCCUCCUGUCCCCAAGCGUCCUGUCUCCCGCCAGCGCCUCCUGUUUCCCCGGCCGCGCCUCCUUCCCCUCGCCAGCGCCCCCUGUUCCCCGCCAGCGCCUCCUGUCUCCCGCCAGCGGCCUCCAGCCACGCCUCCUGUCCCCCGCCAGCGCCCCAUGUUCCCGCCAAGCGCCUCCUGACCCCCUCCUGUGCCCCGCCAGCGCCUCCUGACCUUCCCCCUGUCCGCUCCCCGCCAGCGCCCCCUGCCGAAUCGCCAUGCGCCCCCUGA